GAAAGGAAAAGAAAAGGAAGAGAAGAAAGAAAACAAAAAUUGAUCUGUCUUUGUUGAUAAAAGAGAUUAGAAGAAAAAGGGUUCGUCAGGAGAGGGUUCUUUUUUUAUUCUCUUGAUUAUUUUAUUUUUUUUUGUUUUUUCUAUUUUUUUCUCAUCCAUGUAAGAUUCUGAAAAUAUUAAAAAAUAUUUAAGUUGUCGGAAAAAAAAAUUUCUUAUAGGUCCAUGUUGUCCCUGCCGGCCGCCACUUCAGUUACGCACAAGGCACAAUUUUUCUCUCAGCUACUCGGUCUCCCACCUUCACAUUUCAGUGCUAAAAAACAAGAAAAUCACUAAUGCACCUUAGCUUCCCUCUCCAAUGGCCACUAUCCCUCAUCACCACCUCCACCAACUUGCCUUUAUACCAUCUUGCCCCUCCUCCUCCUCCUCCUCCCCCUCCUCCCCCCCUUCUCUCCUCUCCCUCUCCACCAAACACAGGUCUUUCAAGAUCUUAUGCUGCCUAUCAAUAAAGGAAUCAACAAAUGAUCACCAAAUCACCCCACAAGAACCUAGCACCCCUAAGAACAACCUCAGGGUGGUGUUCGCAGCUGGGGGAACAGGUGGCCACAUAAUUCCAGCUGUUGCAAUAGCUGAUGAGCUCAGAGUAUCAAACCCCAACAUUGAAAUCCUCUUCAUAGGAACUCCAAAUAGCAUGGAAAGCACUUCCAUCCCUUCUGCAGGCUACCCUUUCACUUCCAUCCCUCCAGUAAAACUUUGCAGGCCUCUCGUUUCCCUUGAAAAUCUUACCCUUCCCAUCCAUUUGAUCCAUUCAAUAAUCCAUAGCUUUAAGCUACUUAAAGAAUUUGAUCCCCAUGUUGUUAUAGGCACAGGGGGUUAUGUUUCUUUCCCUACUUGCCUUGCUGCUUUAUUACAAAGAACCAAGAUUGUUAUUCAUGAACAGAAUUCUGUUCCGGGUAUUGCAAAUUAUGUUCUUUCAUAUUUUUCUCACUUAGUUUUUUUGUCUUAUAAUUCAACAAUUGAGUGUUUUCCAAAAAAGCAUAACUGUGUGGUGACUGGGAAUCCUGUGAGGGUGUCAUUGAGGCAGUUUGUUUCCAGGGCAGUGGCAAGGCUGGAGUUCUUUCCAAUGGCUGGGGAGGAGGCUAAGGUCAUUUUAGUGCUUGGAGGGUCUUUGGGGGCUAAUGCUAUUAACAUUGCUUUGCUGAAUGUUUAUAGUCAAAUGUUAUUGGAGCAUAAGGAUUGGUAUAUUAUAUGGCAAACUGGCGUGGAGUCUUAUAAUGAGAUGGAGAGUCUUGUUAGAAAUCAUUCAAACUUGGUUUUGAAGCCGUUCUUGCAUUCAAUGGAUUUGGCAUAUGCUGCUGCAGACCUUAUUGUUUCUAGAGCAGGUGCAAUGACUUGCUCUGAGAUCUUGGCCACUGGAAAAUCUGCUAUUCUGAUACCAUCACCAGAUGUAGCAGAAGGACAUCAAUUCAAAAAUGCUUCUCUGAUGGCAGAUGUAGCAGGAACAAGGGUUAUAACUGAAGAUGAACUUGAUUCUACAACUCUGGGAACUGCAAUUGAAGAGAUAUUAGUACAGACGAUGAUGCUUUGAGAGCAGAGAUGUCAGAAAGGGCCCUGAGAGCUGCAAAGCCUGAUGCCUCUGCACAGAUUGCACAACAUAUUCUUUCCUUGGUUGAAUCAACAACCAAAAGGAAGUAGGACAAGUUUUAGUUGAUGAAAUGAAAAGAAUUUCGGCGUGGUAAUUUACCGUUGCUAUUAACUCUUUUUUCGGCUGAAUUAUGAUAUCUUUCCGGACCUCAGAUUCGAUACGAGUUGAGCACGCAGGAUCAUCCAAUAAUAUGUUCGGUGUUUGAUGUUUUUAUGUUUGUCUAGGAGGAUUUUGCAAUUUAAGAUUGAAAUUCUAAGUUAACUAAUUUAAUUUACUUGUUUAAUUCUAAAUUUAUAUUAAAGAGUUCCAUAAAUAUUAAUAUGAUUAAA